CUCUACCGUCGUAUUCAUCAUCGCCAACGACUGCAUGUUCAUCAACUUAACUCUUUUUCACGAAAUCAAUUCUAUCAUACGAACGACCUUUCUUCCCCUUUGCGCCAAGGCGCUUUACUAGAGGCCUGUCCCGCGCCCGAUCGACGAACGGCACCAUGCUUCCUCCCUCCCUCACCAGCAUCCUGCUUGCCGUGCUGGCGCUCCGAGCACCAUUUGCUCAAGCCGCAUCUGACGAGAAGAAGCCCGAUGUAAUCCCCUGCACCGCGAAAUCGCCAAACACGAACGGGUUCUACGACCUGCGCCCCCUAGCGGUGCAGCUGCACGACCCGAAGAAGAAGCUGGGGAAGCAGAAGACGGAUAGUUGGCAGAGCCGGGGUCACGAUUAUAAGGGGAAUUUCUCGAUCAAUAUCUGUGCGCCGGUCGUGGAGGAGAUUGAGGAUGUGGUGGGGGUGGAGGAGGCGAGGUGGAGGAAUGUUAGUGCGUUUUAUGAGGCGGAUGGGAAGGUGUUUUCUAUUGGAGAACAAUCUUCGGGUAUUAUGUUUAGGGGACGUAAGUUGGUGCUUCAAUACACCGGCGGCUCGCCGUGCGGAUCCGCCGUGGAAUCUCGAUCCGAAGAGCUCGAGGAGCUCGAUGACGACGGAUAUCCUGCGCGGACACUCAACGGCAAAGUAGUCGGCUCCAACUACUCCUCCGACAAAGACGAAGACAAGCCCCAAAAACCCAAGAAACCCCUCUCCACCAAACGCCGCAAAUCCACCCUCAUCUCCUUUUACUGCGAAAAAGACCCCCUCAAAUCCGGCGCCGUCGUCUCCUUCAUCGGCACCGACCCGGACGAAUGCGCCUACUUCUUCGAGAUGCGCUCCGAAGCCGCCUGUCCCGGUCUCGGGCCCGUGCAAGCCGGAUUAGGGCCCGCGGGGGUGUUUGGGAUCAUCGCUAUCAUCGCGGUGCUGGUGUAUUUUAUUGGGGGUGUGAUGUAUAACCGCAGUGUGGAGCACUCGAGGGGGUGGAAGCAGUUGCCUAAUUAUGCUAUGUGGGCGGGGAUUGGGGGGUUCUUUAUGGAUUUCUUUACGAUUUUGACGAGUAGUUGUGCGAGGUGUUUGCCAGGCAGGAGGGGGUAUAAUUCUCUGCCUGGGUUGGGGAAUGGGAGUGUAGCGCGCGGAAUGGGGAGGCCGGAUGAUGAGAAUAGACUCAUUGACCAGCUGGAUGAGGAGUGGGAUGACUAGAGGAGGGGGCGGGGUGGGCAUGUACAGUAUGGACAGUACGAUCGCGGGCCGGUUGAAGUCACGGGGGAUAUGUUUUGAUAUGUUCUGAAUAUCUUGGCGUUGAAUGAUGGGGGGGGGGAUGU